AUGCUUGACGACUUUGGUAAAGACUGUGGAAAGAUUGGUAUCCCACUAAAUCUCACAAAAACAAUGUUCAUGAAAAACGGAUUGGUUUCGCAUGCUCCAUUCACGCUCAACGGAACGAAUGUCUCCGAAUGCUCCAGUUAUGUCUAUCUAGGUGGGGAAAUCAAUAUGAUGAACCACCUAGCUCCAGAGCUGAGCAUAAGAAAACGAGCGGCUUGGGGAGCUUUCAAGAGCAUCGAGGAUGUAGUGAAGAGAACAAAGAACAUCCGACUCCGUGCCCACCUUUUCGACUCGACGGAAUUCGGAUUGUGGUCCGCAGAUGACGCCAUGUUCGAUGCAGACCUCCACCACUAUGGACGACGAUUGCAUGAAAGGGAAACGAAUAGGAGUGGUGUUGAGACUCGGAUAAUCGGCGAACGCGAAUCAUCUAACUAUCUGCGUAAUAUGGUGACCGUCGACAGUAACAUCGACAACUUUAAGGAAUUCUGUGGUGUCACUGAAGAUCACCUUGCACUGCGUUUUCUUCAUCACUGUAAUGGAGAUUUGCAAGCUGCCGUGCAACUAUAUUUUCAGGCGUUUAUGGGAGCGGGUCUUGCGGAGAAGGUAUUUGUGGUAUACAUGUUUACCCCUGGUGCACGGCACACUGAGGAUGCGGUGCAACGAAUUUUGGCAGACAAUAACUUUAAUAAAACUCUGAACGAUUUCAAUAUGAUAUUAUGGGGUGCCGAUCCACGUUCUAAGGCAGGAAAAGAUGGUACUGCUGCGCGCAAGAUGAAUAUUUCAACAUUUCCAUGUUUCGUCGCACUGUCAUCUCGUGAUGAAAGCAUGGUUGUGAAGCACUUACGAGGUGAAUUAAUCGCUAACCACGCCGCUGAUGACUACUACGGAAAGGAUUCUAUCCGAGUGCUUGUUCGCUAUCCUUCCGGGGAGACAAGUCAGCAUAGAUUUUCUCCAGAUGAGAACACACAAAGUUUGUUCGGAGUUAUUUUCGCGAAACCGUGCUGCCCAGAUUACUUUGAAGCACAUUAUGGGUUUCCUCGCAGAAGACUUGAUUUCUACCCUGAAGAGUUGGUUAUUUUUGACAUCAUUGGAAUGUUUCCGUUGUAA